GUCUAAUCAUUCAAGCCGAUUUAACUCCUUAUUUUUUUAAAAUUUUAUUUUGCAGACGAAUCUGGGUUUUCUGAGAAAUUUGGUCCGGUCCGGGAUCUAAGCAAAGAUAUUGGAUUCCUCGAGCUCAGACCUGCAUAAAGUUACCACCCGUCGACCUGGGGAUUUUAAUUUUCUGCAUGGCUUGCGGGAUUAGGAAGCAAACCUAGCCGUCGCUUCGGAACGGUAGAAAGGAAGAAACCCCGGAUCCCUUUCUAAAAGACGGAGCUUCUCUCGCUCUCACGGUGGAGACGAGAAGGGGUUUUAUUUCUUGGGGUUUUCUCGCCCUGCUUCCCUCGUAACUCUAUUUUCUUGUUUCUUGGUGCUAGCGAGCGAAACCCUACAGAUCGAUAGAUAAUAAUGGCGAAGCGCGAGCUCUCCAGCACCCUCAAGAACUUGAAGGCGAGACUCGACGUUCAUGCAAAGGGCAGCUCCGAGAGAGGCGAAGCCUAAGGAGGAGGAAAGUGCAAAGCCCGAUGGGAGCUUCGGUGCUUCAGCCGCCCCUACCAGAAGAUGCAUAGUUAUAAUGGAGGGGAAUCCUCAUCCAGGAGCAUUAAAAGGUCGGAUGUCAUUUCAGAGUUUCAAUGCUUCUAUUGAAAAAUUAAAUGAGGAGGCAGCAAACAUCCAUCAAAUGCAAACAGGUUCCUCAAGUAACAAUCAUCAAAAUGGCGGAAUUUAUAACGGAGUAGAUGGAAUCUCAGCAGUCAGAUCUGGGGACUCAACUACAGCUAGCCAAGAAAACAUUUCUGAUGUAGACCUCAAAAGGAAGAAGCCAGAACUGGAAAUGGAAACACCAUCACCUCAUAAGAUGCUGAAAAGUGUAAGUGGGGAUGGUGAUGGACAAUCAUCCUCCCAUAUUAAUAGGAAAGGUUCUUUUAAGCAGCACAAGCGUGAAAAGCUGGACUGGAAUGUUCUCAGACCACCAAAAUCUACAAAUAAGGGUUAGCACCAUAAGGGAUGAUUCUUGUAUUUCACUAGUGUACUUUGUAACCAGUGCUGCUUCUUUCCAUCUGUUGCUUGUUCUUAGAUAAAAUUAGUGCUUAUUUAGCAUCAGCCGCGACUUUGAGUUGAAUCCUUCUCUCCAGUUUAAAGGUAUUCUCUGCACUGGAUAGUUCCCAAUAUAGUUGCUCACUCGUAUUUGGGUGUUCACUCCAUGUAUAAGAUCUAAUUUUCAUCUCUCUCUCUGUCUCUCUAUCUUUCAUGUGUGUGAGUGAUUUGUUGUGGUUGGAAGGGUUGCUUAGGCAGCAACGAGAACAGUAAUAGUUCCAUUGAUAUAUCUUGCCAGUUAUAAAAUAUAUGUAUAAUAUAUAAGGCUAAUUAGAAAGCUUAAGAGAAGCAUUUGUGAUCAUUUAAAAAGAU